AUGUCGAAAGGCGACGCGACGUGUAAAUAUGUUACGGACCGCGACUACGACAACGGCGGUGGGCACAGAACGACGACUGACUUAAUUGCUACAAAGUCCGUGCACCGCGGCGGUAGGCCUCUGUUGGCGGCGGCCGGACGGGAAGCCGAAAAACUAGGAGACCCCUCCAAUGUGAAUGAAUGGAUAUUUAGAUUAACACAGUUGAAAUUGCUUGACAAACGUCAUCACAAAAAUGAUUCGGCAAAUAAUAUGUACACAAUUUUAGAAGAUGCAAAUAGCAAAGUGGACGAAAAUUAUUAUAAUUUGAUGAGAAAAUGUCGGGCACUUAGCGGAGAAAAACUCUAUGAAGUAUACGUAAUGAGACUAAUUAAUAUCGGAUGCAGACCACUAGGUGAUAAAGAGUGGCGUAAGGAACUAGAUGAUACAGAAAAAACUAAUAAUGUCGCUAAACUGCAGAUGGAUUUACAUAACGUGAAUAAACUAAAUACGUAAAUAACAAAUACCGAUUUACUAACUAACAAUAUUUUAUAUUUAUUAUAGAAUAUAAGUAUAAAGUAGAAGUAUUAAACAAUAUAAAUUAAUUAUAUAGAGUCCUAAG